GGCCGUUGGAUGGGGCCGUUCCCGGAUGGCGUGUGGCGCAGCGCGAGAAGGGAAAAGUGAUACAGCCGCUCUGGAACUUCUGCCCAGCGCGCCUCGGCUUUUUGGUGGAAGUUACUAAGCACAGCCACAGUCAAGGAGAAGGAAAUCAGGCUCCACCUUUUGAAGGGGGAGGAGUAUCAAACUGAGUGUCACUGACCAAGUGGAGUAAAAUGAAUGAAAGUAAAACUGGAGGCUCACAGAAUCCCACUUGUGUUUUCUGUCGAAAAAAUGAUGACUGUCCUAUUAAAUAUGGAGAAAAGAAAACUAAUGAGAAAUGGAAUCUCACUGUACAUUACUAUUGUUUGUUGAUGUCAAGUGGAAUUUGGCAGAGGGGUAAAGAAGAAGAAGGAGUUUAUGGUUUUCUAAUAGAAGAUAUCAGGAAAGAAGUGACUAGGGCUUCGAAACUGAAAUGCUGUAUUUGCAAGAAAACCGGUGCUUCAAUUGGAUGUGUCACACCCCGAUGUAAACGAAGUUAUCAUUUCCCAUGCGGACUUCAGAGAGAAUGUAUUUUCCAGUUCACUGGCAAUUUUGCGUCAUUUUGUUGGAACCAUCGACCUGUUCAGAUAAUUACAUCUAAUAAUUAUAGAGACUCCUUACCAUGCACCAUUUGCUUGGAAUUUAUUGAGCCUAUUCCAACUUACAGCAUAUUACGAAGUCCUUGUUGUAAGAAUGCUUGGUUCCAUAGAGACUGUUUACAGGUUCAAGCAAUAAAUGCAGGAAUGUUUUUCUUUAGGUGCACAGUAUGCAAUAAUAGUGAUAUAUUUCAGAAAGAGAUGUUGAGAAUGGGAAUUCAUAUUCCUGAAAAAGAUGCAUCUUGGGAAUUAGAGGAAAAUGCUUAUCAAGAGCUUCUGCAGCACUAUGAGCAUUGUGAUGUCCGAAGAUGUCGUUGCAAAGAAGGGCGAGACUAUAAUGUGCCUGACAGCAAAUGGGAAAUAAAGCGCUGUCAGUGUUGUGGUUCUCGCGGAACACAUCUAGCCUGUUCCUCACUACAAUCAUGGGAACAAAAUUGGGAAUGUUUGGAAUGUAGAGGUAUUCUUUACAAUUCAGGCGAUUUCCAAAAAGCCAAAAAACACACAUUACCCAGCACUAAUGUGGGAAUAACUGAUUGUUUGUUGGAGGAAUCUUCACCUAAAUUACCCAGACAGUCUCCUGGAGCCCAGCGUGAAGACCUGCUGAGGCAAGGCAGCAAAUUUAGAAGAGAUAUUUCAACUCUAAUAAUAGAGCUAGGAUUCCAAAUUAAAAAAAAAGCUAAAAGAUUAUUUAUCAACAAAGCCAAUAUCUGGAAUAGUGCCUUAGAUGGAUUCAGAAAUCACAACUUUAAUCCUUCAUAUACAAUUGAAAUAGCAUAUGUUAAUGAAAAUGAUCAUUUUGGAAAAGAGCAGCCUGGAUCAAAGCAAGAAUUCCUAAGUCUCUUAAUGCAGCAACUUGAGAACUCACCAUUGUUUGAAGGGUCCUUGUCAAAGAACUUGUCUCUCAAUUCUCAAGCUCUGAAAGAGAAUCUUUACUAUGAAGCUGGCAAAAUGCUUGCCAUUUCUUUGGUUCAUGGUGGUCCUUCACCUGGUUUCUUUUCUAAAACCUUAUUUAACUGCCUUGUUUAUGGACCAGAAAGUACCCAACCAAUUUUAGACGAUGUCUCAGACUUUGAUGUGGCACAGAUUAUAAUCAGGAUAAAUACUGCAGCAACUGUGGCUGACUUAAACUCUUUACUAAAUGAAUAUUAUAACUACCUAGAGCUUAUUGGAUGCCUAAGACUUAUAACAUCAUUAAGUGAUAAAUAUAGGUUGGCAAAAGACAUACUUGUUUAUCAUGUAAUUAAGAGAGUCCAAGCACCUUUUGAAAGUUUUAAACAGGGUCUGAGAACUCUUGGUGUUUUGGAGAAAAUUCAGACUUAUCCAGAAGCAUUUUGUGACAUCUUCUGUCAUAAACCUGAGAAUCUUUCCACAAAAAUUCUUAGUGAUCUUUUUACAGUACACACAUUAUCUGACGUACAGGCUUUGGGGUUUUGGAACAGUUACUUACAGGCUGUUGAGGAUGGUAAAUCUACAGUAACAAUGGAAGACAUUCUUAUUUUUGCUACUGGUUGCAGUUCCAUUCCACCUGCUGGAUUUAAACCCACUCCAUCAAUUGAGUGCCUUCAUAUGGAUUUUCCUGUUGGAAACAAGUGUAAUAACUGCUUAGCUCUUCCUAUCACCAGUACCUAUAAAGAAUUUCAAGAAAAUAUGGACUUUGCCAUAAAAAACACUCUAAGAUUAGAAAAGGAAGAAAAUUCUCACUUCAUUGGACAUUAACUGUUUUGAACAAAGAGAUGCUUCUUUAAAAGCUGCUGUUGAUACUUUUUGUUUCAGAAAUCUGUCCGUCAUCACUUUUGAGCAAACUUGGCCCAAUAAAAUAUAUGAUAUGAACAUAAAGGAAUAUUUUGGCCACUUAAGCUAAAAAGUUUUUUUGUUAAGGUGUACCAAAGUUGAUACUUUUCUAUUUUCUUAAUAUACAUGCUUCAUAAACCUCAAUACAAAUACUUUUAGAAUGGCUGUACAGACUUUCUUCAACUAUAGUAGCAUGCUAUAUAUAAUAAGAAAACUUGUACUCACUGUUUUUGUAAAUUGGGAUUAGCUAUAGGAUGCCACAGUGAUUUUUCUAGUUUUAUUCAAUUUUCAAAUUAUUACUUAUUUUAUUUUAAAGCAUUAAAUAGGAAAGCUAAAUGAUAAAUCUUGUUGUAUAAAUCAAAGUUAUAUUUUGGGGGGUGUGUUAUAUGUAUCCUUUUCUGGGAUGGCACUAAAUUAGUUAAAAAUGUUUUUAGAUUAUUAAGUUAUGUUAAAAUAGAUCCACACUGCAAUUAGAUUAUGCCUAAAGGGAAGUAUUAUAUUAAAAAGCAGAAUUGCACAAAUAUUCUAGAAUCUAUGGACAUUCCAUAGUCUUAAAACACUUCUGAGGUGGAUUAAAAUACAGUUGAAAAUCCCUAAGUAAGUGUCUUCUUUAAAGCCUUUGGCUUUAAUCAUAGGAUUUUUUUUUUUUCAUGUCUCCCAUGUGUGGUAUUAGACCACAUUAUGUCUGAUCCACAUUUUAGGUUAUCUGAAUAGAAUGAUCUCUGUGGAUUGCCAUUUGGUAGGUUUGGCUAUUUGACAGUUAUUUAUUAUCAAGAUGGUUGUAUGAAAGGUAAGCUGGCACCAUUGCAUUAUAUAGUUAUCUUCUUUGCUUUUGAAAGGUACCUGUUAUAUAAACAAUGUAGAAAUGUGUAAGAAAGAAUUACAAAUAGAAUGAAAAACCCACUCUAAUCUCAACCAUGCAGAAUUAACUGUUAUCCUUCUAUAAACUCUUCCAUUUCCUUUUUUAAACUUUAUUAAUGCUACUAAAAGUCAAAGAAUACCUAGAAGUAACAAGAGAUUAUGUAAUAACAAUUUGAAGAUACCUAAUCCCAUAGUUGUGUCACCAUAUUUGUACUCUUGCAAAAGAAGAAACUGGAAAAGUCUAAUGUUCCUAAUCUGUUAUCAAAUAUAAAUGGGUUUUUCACCAGAAUAAAUCGUAUGAGAGGUAAAAUGCUUGGUUUUAAGCACAUUUUUCUUGCUACAUAAAGCAGGUAUCAGCCAUAUUCUCAUCCUCUCCAAGAAGCAUCCUUAAAUUAUUGAUAUUUUUAAAGACAAAUGACAGGAUUGGUUUGAUACUGGUAAUUAAUCUGUUAUUAAUACCAAAGGAAAACUAAAACAUAAUCCUAGUAAAAUUUUGUUACAUUUUCUAACAGACCCAGCAAAUUAAAGUUUAACUUUAACAUGAAGGUUUUAAAACAUUAAACAAGGCAUUUCUUUGUCUUGUGUUGAAUUCUGUUAAAUUAUCAAAAGUAAUUAAAGGAGCAAUUAUCAAAAAAGAGGUUUAACCUCACCAUACAGCUUUUAUUCCAAAUGUGUUGAUAAACUGGAUAUUUUAUUUCUUAACCUACCUAGUUUUUAUAAAAUUUUAAAAGCCAUUAAACCAAUACAAACCAGAAAACCUAAUUAAAGCUAUUUUCUGGUUAUUUGUAGUUUGAAUUCAUUUAAUUACAGUGGUAAUUAAAGCUGUUAAAACUCACAUGCUUUUUGGGUGGGGAGGGCUGGUGGGGAGGCAGUGUGCUUGGGUUAGCUACAAUUAAAAACAGUGUUUCAAUUCUUUUAUGUGUAGACAGGGCCUUAGGGAUAAAGUGAUGUAAAUAACUUAGUAUAUUCACGUUUUAAAGUGAAGUAUAAAUAUUCAUAUUGCAAAAUAUUUUCUGGCUUUAAGAAUGUUCCAUCAGUAUGAUUUUAGAUUAAUCUUUACAGUCAAGAUACGUCAGAGAAACCUGACAUAGGUUAUUUUCUGCAUUGUUACUAUGUCAAAUGGUUGGUAUUAUGUUUGUUCUUUUUCUGUUCAUUGUUAUAGCCAAUGCAUAGUUCCUACUGACAUUGAUUUUAAAAAGGAAUUAUGCUAUAAACCUUUAUAAAUGUGUAUAUGUAUUUCUUAAAUAUUUCAAUUGUCUAAAUGACAUAUAUUUGAAGUUUGUUUUCUGUUACUCUCAUUAUCAAGAAAAAGCAUAAAUUCGCCUUGUAUGCAUCUACUGUUAAUGGUCUUAGGUUAGUUUUAUAUUCAUUUUUUUUUAAUAAUUUUAAAUUUUUUGGUGUGAGAACUUCAUCUGGAGGCAUUUAUGCAAUUCUCUACUAUUCUUGUACUUAGUCAUUUUACUAUUUUAGUAUUUAAGGUAAAGAUUCUUUAAAAUAUCAGAAACUAGCUCAUGACUUUAUACUUUGUAAUAUUUAAUUUCCGUAUUACAAAUUAGUCAUUAUUUGUUUGGGUGAAGUAAAAAGCUUUCAUUUGAUUACUAACUUGAGAAUUUAUUUUGGCUUCUGCUUUAUUCCAAACUUCUUACAAUUUUUUCCCCUAAUUAUAUGGAAGCUCUUGGAACUUUUGUACUCAAUGCUAAAUGUGCAGUAAAGGAGAGUGUAAUAUAAUAGGUAAGUUUUCUCCGUGACUUUGCCUUUUACAUUCAGUCAUUAUAAGAAAAUGAUUAGAACAAGAUUCUAUUUAUAAGUGUGUAAUUCUUAUAUAUAGUGCUUAUCACAGCUUUGUUGCUAAUUUUACAAUAAGCUAUUAAACUAGUUUUAUGCUCUACGUGAUGCAAUGUAAAGCAUAAAAACACAUUGAUGGAUUACUUGAAUGUGUAUUACAUAUAGUUUAGGAAAAUUUGCAUUGCUUUGAAGAAAUCCUAUUUUAAAGUUCUCAUUUUGACUGUUAUCUUUUCAAAUUGCCAAACAUAUUCCAAUAUCUACUGUAUGCCAGGUAUUAUGUUAGGUGAUAGUUUAUGUCAGCCUAGUUUCCCUUUUUUUAAAGACUUCAGAUACAA